AUGGGGCUUCGCAUGUUCCGCGAUUUCCUGUACCUUCAACGGUGGGAGCGGGAUGUGCUGAUGCGGGACUCGCGCCGGGAGGGUUUUCUUGUGAGUGCGUUCCGCCGAGUGCCGUGGUCGGGAGUCGCCAUGUUUUUCUUCAUCAUGGUCUUCUUUGGCGUGGACCUCGGUGCCGGCAUCAAGCACACUGCAAAGCAGAUCCGCGAGAAGAAGGAAGACGCGAUGCAGUCUGUGGAGCUGCAGAAGGUGCAGGCGCGGCAGUGGUCUGUGGAGCAGGUAAAGAACUUCCGUGAGGGGGAGGUUCCAAAGCCGUCGUGGACCGAGGGAGGUCCGCGCGGGGCAGCCUCAUCUGCUUAG